UGGACGCGUGAUGGGGGGAUCCAGUGCCACAAACUAUAUGGUAUACAUGAGAGGUAAUAGGCGAGACUACGAUGACUGGGCGGCACUCGGAAAUGACGGUUGGAGCUAUAAUGAUGUGUUACCUUACUUCAGGAAAUCGGAGAAUAAUCGAAACAUCGAAUCUAAAGACACAAGAUAUCAUGGUACAAACGGUCCAAUGAAUGUAGAAAGAUUUUCAUUUGCUGACAAAAAUGUAAACAUGUUAGUCGAGAGUUUUAAUGAAACUGGACUUCCUUUAGUUGAUUUUAACGGCCCCAAUCAAAUAGGUACUAUGAUUACGCAAACAACUACUCAUAGAGGAAGAAGAGUAUCAACUAACACGGCUUUCAUAAGGCCCAUUAGGAACGUAAGACCCAAUCUUACUAUAAGAACCAAUUCUCAAGUAACGAAAAUUAUUAUAGAACCGUACACUAACAAAGCUUGUGGCGUGAAAUAUAUAAGAAAUGGUAUUUGGAGAGAAGUCAGGGCUAGUAAAGAAGUUAUUAUAUCUAGCGGAUCGUUGAACACUCCUAAAAUCCUCAUGUUGUCUGGAAUAGGACCAAAGAAUGAUCUAGAAGAAUUAGGGAUAACUGUUAUAAAAGAUUUGGAAGUCGGUCAGAAUUUACAAGAUCAUGCCACAACUGACGCAAUGCUGAUGGCGUUAACCAACGAUACCUCGACACUUUUACACGGAGAAGAACUUUUACAUAGAAUUAAAGACUAUCAUAGAACGAGAAGUAAGAACGAUCCCCUAUCAGCAACAGGACCUUUGCAAUUAACUGCGUUUUUCCGUACUGAAUUUGCUGAUAAAGACAAAAGUGUACCGGACAUUCAGUUCCAUUUCGAUGGAAGAAAUUUGAAUGAAUUUUACUCCGACCCCACUACGUACUUAGCUAGUGGGGUACUGCCUCUCUCGUUUUACGAUAGCAUUAACGUUCGACCCAUUCUCCUGGUCCCAGAAAGUCGAGGAUACCUGACCUUGAACAAAACACAUCCAGUAUUUGGUCAGCCGUUAAUCUAUCCAAGAUUCUUUACCAUCCAAAAAGAUUUGGACACUUUAGUAGCGGCAUUGAAAUUUAUCACGAAAUUGGAGAAAACGAAAGCGUUUAGAGACAACGGAGUGAAAUUUGUAAGGAAGCCUGUGAAAGCAUGCUCUAAAUACCAAUGGGGAACCGACAAGUAUUUUGAAUGCUUAUUUAUCAGUUACACUACAACUAUAUUUCAUCCUUCGGGAACUUGUAAGAUGGGACCUCCACGAGAUAGUAAUGCUGUUGUUAGUCCCAGAUUGAAGGUAUAUGGUAUUGAAAAUCUGAGAGUUGCUGAUAAUUCUAUAAUGCCAACAAUAGUAAGAGGUAACACUAAUGCUCCUGCAAUCAUGAUUGGUGAAAAGGCAGCAGAUAUGAUAAAGGAAGAUUGGAAGAAAGAUAUAAAUUAUGAAAAUUGUUAGUGAAAUUAAUGAAAUUUAGUAAAUUAAUUUGUUUGUGUAGAAUAGUUAGAAAAUGCUUCAAAUAGUUGAUAGGAAACGUCAUUAACAUAUUAGAUAUAAUUCGGUAGGUAAAUUUUAUUUCAUGAGUUAUAAGGCGGUCU